UUGGACGCCAGGCAGCAACAUUUGACGAAUGGCAAGCGCAGAUGGUUUUAUUCUCAUAACACAGAGAACGAAUAGAGGUACCUUUCAAUCAUAACUAUUCACAUCUUAACAGGCAAGCCACACACUUGGAAGAUUCACAACCUCCGGUCUAGUCCUGUGCCUGCCCCAGACCAAAACCAAUCAAGCACCAAAGGAAAAUAAAAAACCUAUGCUAGCAACUAAAAAGUUCCAGCGCAUCGCGCAGGAUCUCGAAAAGCUCCCUUGUGAGCUCCACGGAGACAUACUGAACGACCUUGAGUUCUCGCAAUUGAUCCGCCUGUCCUCAUGCGCUGGUCCCCGUCUCACUUGGUCCCUUGAAAACAGCAUUUCAGCUUGGGGCGAUCACUUCCGUGCUGAAGACAGAAGCACAUGGCAAAAACUGCUCUCCAUCUCAGACAGUGUAAGGCGUUUGUGCUUCAUCCAACCCAAGGCCAAGGACGAAACACCAUACAUAUUCGAACGCAGCCUAGCUUUUCUGUUUUUCCGCAAUGAAGACUGGAAGGCGACUGCAUGCGGAUGGUUACCAGCAGAUGUUCAAAAUCGGUCCAGGUUUGCUGAACACCAACUCGCAAGAACUUUCCUCGCGGAACUUAACUCCAUCGUCAUGGACAGAACGUGGUCUGCGUUCCACGAACACUACGCACGCUUCAUCGAACCAUGGCUCCCACGAUUGUCCCCGCAAGCCAAAGCUAUCUUCUCCAAGGUCCCCAAGCUAGGUAUAAAAGACGCGGUUUGCCAUAGGUACGCAUACCUCUCGAAGGAUCUGCCGUUCAGUAUCGACGAUCUAGCAACAUUCAUCGACAUGUACCAACAAUUCCGAUUGCUCAGGGCAGAAACAAUGGCAGCCGAGCUCUACCGUUUGGCAGAUAUCUACGAAACCUAUCGAGCCGUUUGACCUUAGGGUUCGUGCACCUGAUAACCUCAACACGCAACAUGUUCCCACUGAUAUACGUCGCUGUGCGAGGAAGCUGGUUAGGAAGGCGAAGAAUACGAGGUGGAAAAAUACCGAGGGGUGCGUUGUCCGCUUCGCAUGGCCGGCCCUGGUGCCGUAUGAAAGUCAAGUAGAGAUGUUCCAAGAGCAUAUUACGGACGCUACAGAUAUACAGGUUGCGCCCGCGGACAUUGUGGACAAAUGUUGUGCUGUUGUUGCGAA